CGUUCAUAUGUAACUGGACAUUGUGGCUCCAUUUCAGGAAGAUUGCUUAUCUCCCCUCCUCCGUCCACAACUCGUUCAUACUGAAAAAUCAUUCUAACCUAUCCAAAGGACCCCAAGAGUUGCUCUCCGCCGGGAGGUGUUUUAAUACGCGUUGAUGGACCAUAAUGAAUCUGGGACCAGAGUGAAUCUCCUUCACAGCUACUUGAGGUCUUCUUUUCUUUUCUUUUUUUGUUUUCCCUGCGCCAUUCCGAUGAAUGCUGCACCAAGCAGCGCUGCGUAAAGUCAGGCAUCCUGUGUGGACUACAGUCGACACUCAAAAACGCUCGUAAAAGGGAGAAGAAAACGUCCGGUGGUGGUGUCAUUUGUCGUUAUACUGAAGAAAAAAAGCGGCGUUAGGAAGACGGAAAAGUUUAAAUAAACUUUGAAAACGUGGUCCCUACGUGGAUGCAAGCGUUGUGCGCCCUCGUCACUUUAUUCGACCAGUCUUUUCCAAAAAACAGUGCAAAGUAUAAACAGACAAGAGCAAAUGCGGGCUAUUGAAGUCUUUCUUCAACUCGUGGCUGUAAAUAACUUGUUGAAUGAGCAGCUCGUCCCAGGAGCGCUUUAGAAUGAUGCUUCUUCUGGUAGAUGACACAAUUGACAGGAUAUCAAGAUCAGACAUCUGCUGACAUAUGAGAAGUGUCACUCUAUACACAUCACAUCUGACCGUUUUCUGACCUUUUCAUCAACUAUCAACGCCAGAGGAGGAGCUCACUCGUUGACACACCUCAUCAGCCAGGCAGACGUGGUAGCAAUCAAAGGCAAAAUAACUGAAUGGGGGCUAAUCGUUCCCUGAAGCUGCUCACACAUGGGUGCGAGAUGCUGCCACUCUUUCUAAAUGUUCUGUUUCUGCAGUUGAUUUAGAAAACUCUCAGCGGUGUAGCCAUUGUUGUGGAGAAGCAGUAACUUUGAAGACGCCAAAAAAAGAUCAGCAAUGCUUUGGCCCAUAUUAUUCACCCUGCAGGCUGUGUGCACCAGUGUGGCACAUGCUAUGCAACAUUACCCGGCGGCCUGGGGACACUAUGACGUGUGUAAAUCCCAGAUCUACACAGAGGAAGGCCUGGCCUGGGACUACAUGGCCUGUCAGCCAGAAGCCACCGACAUGACAAAGUACCUUCGAGUGGCCCUCGACCCCCCAAACAUCACGUGUGGAGAUCCACCUGAAACGUACUGCGCUUUGGAGAAUCCUUAUAUGUGCAACAAUGAAUGUGAUGCCGACACUGAGGAGCUGGCUCAUCCUCCUGAGCUGAUGUUUGACUUUGAGGGUCGAAACCCCACAACUUUCUGGCAGUCAACUUCAUGGAAGAAAUACCCAAAGCCUCUUCAGGUCAACAUCACACUGUCAUGGAACAAGACAAUCGAGCUGACUGAUGACAUCGUUCUCACCUUUGAGUCAGGCCGGCCGGAGCAGAUGGUCCUGGAAAAGUCGCUUGACUACGGCAAAACUUGGACCCCUUACCAGUUUUAUGCCACAGACUGCCUGGAUGCUUUCACCAUGGAACCCAAGACGGCAAGUGAACUCACCCAGCGCACCCUGCUGGACAUCAUUUGCACUGAGGACUACUCCCGAGGCUACGUGUGGAAGAACGAUAAAACAGUUCGUUUUGAGAUAAAGGACCGCUUUGCUUUGUUUGCUGGACCUCGACUACACAACAUGGCCUCACUGUAUGGCCAGCUGGAUACCACCAAGAACCUGCGGGACUUCUUCACCAUCACCGACCUGAGGAUUAGGUUACUGAAGCCAGCAACUGGAGCCACCAUGGUGGAUGAAAACAAUCUGUCCAGAUACUUCUACGCAAUCUCUGACAUAAAAGUGCAGGGCAGGUGCAAAUGCAACCUGCAUGCCAACAGUUGUGUGUUUGACAAGGGUAGGCUGGGCUGCGAGUGUGAACACAACACCACAGGGCAAGACUGCAGCCGCUGUAAGAGGCACUACCACGGAAGAGCCUGGAGUGUGGGCUCUUACCUCCCGAUACCCAAAGGAACUGCAAAUAUAUGCAUUCCCAGUAAUCACGGAGCAGUGAAUCGAGCAAAUGCUUCAUCUCUUGGUGUUGCAAAUCGUAACCAAGCUCGGGUGUGUGACAACGCGAUGCUGCGCUGUCAGAAUGGCGGCACGUGCCACCACCAUCAGCGGUGCUACUGUGCCCCCGGCUUUACAGGCGUCCUGUGCGAGAGAGCUCGCUGCCAGGGUCCCGGAGAGUGUGAUGACCAGUUGUCUGGACGGGCAGUGCUCCAUCACCACCCCAUAGCCCGCCAGAUUGUUUUUUCCCUUAUAGUCCUCCUGCUAUUGAUUGUUUCCCUUUGCUGAGAGACCUGAACCAAAUCUUUAACCAAAACUCUGAUAACAGAACAGCUGAGACUAAACUGUCAAACUUGUGGACAUGAAUGAUAAAGAAUGUGUGGACAAUGCACUCAGCAAACAAUAUAAACAACUUUUUUGUAUGUCCAAGGCCACAAUGAUGGGUGAGAAGAUAAUAAGUGCAACAGUUUGUGCACAGUGAUACUGAAUGAUAAUAAGAUUUCUGAAAGGCUUGAGAAAGCUAGUUGUUUUAUAACUACACAGAGGAAACUGUUGGGAUUAUUGUGAUUAUGUCAUUGUCUAAUAGUCCAUUAAAGACAGAAUGGAGGCCCUGCUCAGAUAGAGCAAGUCACAAGCUGGUGGCAAACUGUACAAAUCUAGACACAUGAUUUUCCAAGUAUCAUCUGAAGUUAUUAGAAAUUAAUUGUGUGGACGGAGACAUCUUGCCUCACUGCCUCCUUUCUUACUUGUUACCCUCUUCUUCCCCUUUCCUGCUUCCCUCCAUUAAUGCACUUCUUCUUCACACCCUCCUUUCUGUGCUUUAGUGACACUGGUGAUUUUUUUUUACUUUGCUGAAGGGUGUCCAUUGUUUUGCCAAAUGCUAUACAUGUAUUACUAUUGAUCGAUCCCCUAACAGGUACCAGUCUUGUCUUUUAUUUUUAAGAGGCUUAUGGUCUUGCUUGAGCUCACCUGUACGAGGAAAAAAAAAGUUGUAACAUACUGUAACUGUAUUUAAUUUUGUAUAAAACAGAUAUUUUCAUGACUACGCAAAAAACAAAAAGAUAUAUUAUUUGUUUUCUAUUGCUGCCGACCUGUCAUCCAGUAAAUGUGGAUUAUAAGUGAGUAAGGAGAUUGGUUUUAUUAUGUUUGUUUGGUUUGUUUUUUUGCUUGUGUGGCACGUGGUUCUCUUUAUUGGAGAGCUGCUGUCAGAACUGUUUACAUACGCACUCACACAAUACACUUCCACCAAAGCGCAAAAGAAAAAAAUGUCUUUGUCUUGUUGUUGAAAAGUUGUAAUUUUAUUAGGUAGUAACAUGGCAUUGGAGACAAGAUGUGUAGAAUGAAUUUGUGUUAUUUGUAAUUGGUGCAAGCCAAUGAAAAUAGCUGAAUGUCAUUUUAAAGGAUUUCUAAAAGUUGUCAAUUCCCAUCAUUGACCCUUUUACUGAUGAACCGGUUGCUGAUAAUAAUAUAUCAGCCUGUGCUGUAAUACCUCCCUGUAGUGCUCAUGAAACCAGGGAAAAUCUGAGGUAUCUCAGGACAAAAAUCCCAUCAAUGAUAUGUAAAUUUUACAAGAAGAGAAAAGGAGAUUGCAUGGCUGUCGCAGAGGUUGUCCAGCUCAAAUCUGUAAUCACAUCUAAUCCUUGAAUCAAAUGGAAAGAGUGAACGAGUUUCCUGAGCUGGUACAGUUGAAAGCCUGCAUCCUGCUGGGGGAGCCACCACAAAGCUGCACGUUCAGGAAAUGAGCUUUAAUUCAUGGAGGGUCAAUGAAUAGAAAUGAAGUUGCAUCCCACUGGGUGACAUAUUGAGAACUGAGACCAAUUUCAUUUGAGAGAUUAAUUUUACUUCCAAGUUUGUCAUUAAAAAAACACCCAAUUGUGCAAGAGUUUAAUGUAAGUGCCUCUCAUUAAAUGACACUGUCUGUUAUGGAAAAGAGAAGCCUUUUUUUAACAGUAAGUCAUAUUUUGGAAAGUAGAAUAACUUGUUUUCAAUGUGUCAUUCCACUGUGUAAAAUCAGUAGCAAGAGAUGGAUAUUAUUUCUUAAGCAUCUAACAUUUUUGGGAGAAAAACAAAAGUGUAUGAUCACAUGAACAAGAAAACACAAGAAGCAACUUUAUGAUUGUCCAAUAAUUUCAUGUAGAAAAUAAAUUAGUAAUGUCA